AUUAUUUGGUGAUUUAGGUUUCUUAAAUAGUUAUUCUUUUUUUAUGGUUUGUUUUAAGAUACUGCGAUACGUUCUAUCGAUUAUAGGAAAGCAUGAAAAUGAACUAGCCAAUAACAUUCGGCCACACAAUGUUCAAAUUCAAUGCUGGAAGUGCCAGCAGCUGAUAGGUAACAGUUUCACAUGGGUUACUGAUUUGUAACUAAGAAAAUGAUAAAGCAUUAAACAUAACAUAAAUUAUAGAUUUUAAAUUUUAAAGCCGUAAACAUAAAUAUUAAAGAUGAAGCUUUUGAGCUUUUUAGUUUUUGUGAUUCUAAUAUUACAGUGUAUAAUAAAAUGUCAUGGAGUUGCUGUAAUGAGUAUAGAUUUUGGAACAGAAUGGAUGAAGGUUGCUAUUGUAUCUCCAGGAGUACCUAUGGAAAUAGCAUUGAAUAAGGAAUCAAAAAGAAAAACACCUAUAGCAAUUGCAUUUCGGGAUGGUGAGAGGACUUUUGGCGAGGAUGCACUUAGCGUUGGUGUCAGGUUUCCCAAGCAAUGUUACAUGUACCUGUUAGAUCUACUGGGCAAAAAAGUAGAUAAUCCUGUAGUAAAAAUUUUCCAGCAGAGGUUCCCGUAUUAUGAUAUAAUACCUGAUCCUGUUCGUGGUACAGUGGUCUUCCAGCAUGAUCCAGAAACACAGUUUAAUGUUGAGGAACUGGUUGCUAUGAUGUUGAAGAAAGCACAGGAAAUGGCCAUUAACGCUGCGGGCAAUGCUGUUAAUGAAGCAGUUAUCACAGUUCCUGGUUAUUUCAACCAGGCCGAGAGGAAAGCGAUGCUUCAAGCAGCUGAUCUUGCUGGCAUUAAAGUAUUACAGCUUAUCAAUGAUUAUACUGCAGUUGCAUUAAACUAUGGUAUAUUCCGGCGAAAGGACUUCAAUGAAAGUGCUCAGUACAUCAUGCUGUAUGACAUGGGUGCUUCUAGUACUACUGCCACUAUAGUAAGUUACCAAGUGGUCAAAAUAAAAGAGAAAGGAUAUGUUGAAUCCCACCCUCAACUGUCAGUUCUUGGUGUUGGAUAUGACAGAACGCUGGGCGGACUUGAAAUGCAGCUUCGUCUCCGUGAUUAUUUAGGCAAAAAGUUUAAUGGUAUGAAGAAAACGCCAAAUGAUGUUUUUAAGAAUCCAAGGGCGCUGGCCAAACUAUUCAAGGAGGCGGGUCGUCUCAAAAAUGUGUUGAGUGCUAAUGCAGAUCAUUAUGCACAGGUAGAGGGUUUGUUGGACGAGAAGGAUUUUAAGCUGCAAGUUACUCGUGAAGAAUUUGAAAAACUUUGCUCUGAUUUAUUUGAUAGAGUGAAGAAUCCUGUAUUAACUGCUUUGAAGGCCUCUAGUUUAUCCAUGGAUAUAAUCAGUCAGGUGAUCCUCGUUGGUGCUGGUACCAGAGUUCCAAUGGUCCAAGAAAAACUCUUAGCUGUCGUUGGUUCUGAAUUAGGAAAGAACUUGAACACUGAUGAAUCUGCAGUUUUAGGAGCUGUGUAUAAAGCAGCUGAUCUCUCAGCUGGUUUUAAGGUGAAGAAGUUUAUUACUAAAGACGGAGUUCUCUUUCCAAUCCAGGUAACAUUUGAACGUGACACAGAUUCAGGUACUAAACUGGUGAAAAGAACACUUUUUGGCUCAAUGAAUCCAUACCCACAGAAAAAAAUCUUAACUUUUAAUAAAUAUUUAACAGACUUUGAGUUUAGUGUUGGGUACGCUGAGCUUGAUCUUCUGGAACCUUCAGAAAUUGAGAAUAUUGGCCCUCUCAACCUGACUAAAGUGUCCCUGAGUGGUGUAGCAGAUGCGAUAGCGAAGCACCAAGGUCCCAGCAAUGAGAUAAAGGGAGUCAAAGCCCAUUUUUUUAUGGAUGAAAGUGGAAUUCUGAAGCUGUCGAAUGUUGAACUUGUGGUAGAAAAAAUUGUUCCUGAGGGUGAUGCUGCUGCUGAAGAAUCACCAUUAUCAAAGUUGGGAAAUACCAUCAGCAAACUUUUUACCAGUGAAGAAGCACCCAAAGAAGAACCAGCAAAAGAGACACCAAAGGAAACAUUGGAAGAUAAACCUGAAGAGAAGGAAGAAGCAAAAGAAGGUGAAAAGAAAGAUGAGAAAUCUGGUGAAACUAAUAAAACCUCAGAAUCUGGAGAAAAAGACGAUACUAAGAAACCAACCAAGGAAGGAGAAAAGGAAGACCUCAAAAAGCCGAAAGCUGUUGUACUGAAAGAAAAUAUUGCGUCUAAAGAAGUGCCAUUGUUUGUCCCACAGCUUGGUGGUGAGCAGCUGGAGCAUUCGCAAGCAAAGUUAGCGAAACUUAAUGCCAAUGAUGAAGAACGCCAUCAGCGAGAAAGUACACUUAAUGCUCUUGAGAGCUUUGUUUUUGAAACACAAAACAGGCUUGAAACUGAUGAAUAUUCUUCUGCAGUGUCUUCUGAAGAGAAACAAAAAAUAUUAGAAGCCGUCUCUAAGGUUGCUGAAUGGUUGGAUGAGGAAUCUAUGGAUUCUAAUGCUGAUACCCUUUCUGAAAAGUUAAAAGGUUUGAGGAAGUUAACAGAGAACUGGUUCAUGAGGGUCGGUGAACACAGGGAGCGGCCUGAUGCCCUAAAAGCUCUGAAGACCAUGAUCAAUGGUAGCACCAACUUCCUAUUGACUAUCAAAAAUAUUUCAUUACAGCAGCCAGAUACGCCACAGGCUUCAAUAUUCACUGCGGUGGAAUUGGAAACUUUGGAGAAAACUAUAAAGGACACUAAUGAAUGGAUGGAAAAAGCUGUAACUGAGCAGAACAAAUUGAAGUUAUGGGAUACUCCAAAACUGACCAUUAAAGUGUUGUCUGACAAAAUGGCUUCCUUGGAUAGAGAAGUGCAAUAUUUGGUAAAUAAAGCCAAAAUAUGGAAACCGCCUCCAAAACCAGUUGAAGAAAAACCAGUGAAAGAAGAACCUCCAUCCCCUGCUGAUGCUGGUAAAACUGAGACUAAGAAUGCAGAGAAAAUCUUGCCCUCUGCAGAGUCAGAAAAUGUCACUGAAUCAGAAGGAACCAAAACUGAUAGUGAGUCAGCGAAAGCAGAAGUGCAUCCUAAAGAUGAGAACAAAACAGAGGACAAAGCCAAUGUACCUCCUUCAGAACCAGUUGGUGAAGAAGGAAAACAUUCUGAACUCUAAAAGCUAAUGUGCUAACUUUGUUCUUAAAGACAGUUGGGAAACUUUUUGUCGCUCUGUCAAUUUCAAGACAAACUUUAAUGUUUGAAUAAAUAUAUUUGGAUGGAAAUGGAUAUCGACCAUGAUGAUUUAUUCGUGGUGCGGAUAAUGGAUCAUUUCUUUGCAUUUUAUAUUUGUUUUUUCCUCUUAACAAGAUUUUAAGGAAUAUUUUUGUAGGAAAUGUUUUUAUAAAACAUUUAAUUUAUUUAUUUAAAACAACCAAUAUUUUGUUAUGUACUGUUUAAUUUAGGUAUGCGAUUUAUCAUUUAUUAUGUAAAUAAAAGUUAUAUUUAGGGUAAUUAAGGUGUUUUGUUAAAGAAUAUGAUUAAUAAAAAAUGUGAAAAAAAAUAUUUAUUUAAAAAAUUUAUUAUACAAGCAAACUUAAGUUUUUAAAAAAUAUUUCUUGAAUUGGUUGUAAUGUAUGUUGUAGAACCAUCAGUGAAAUAUUACUGUGAUAUAUAUAAUAGAACUCAUUCCAGUAGCAGAUAGUUUCCUUGCGAGGAACUUUUUGAAUGUAUUAAUCGUAGUUGAUAAAAUUGGUUUGGUAUAUGAUGAUAUUUGAAAAUUGCAAUUUUUUUUAUAUAAAAAAAUAAUUGAUUUUAUCUGUAUAAUGAUAAAACCCCUAUUCCAUUCUGAAUCAAAAGUUUGUUUUCUUCAAACAUCUGUGGUAAAAUUCACAAUAAAAAUAAAGAUUGGUCCAUUAUUUUGAUACUAUCCUGAAUACACACUAAGAAGUUUUUUGAAACUUCAUUGUUUUUCUUCCAUAUGAUUUACCUAUUGCCUAUUUAUUUUAUUUUUUACUAUAUAUAUUUUUCAGUUCUUAAUCUUUUUGUUAAUUUUUACAUAAUUAAAAAAGUCUGAAAACAAGUCUGUAAAGUUACUUUUAGUUAUAAUUGUAACUUAAUUUAUUUUAUUUAAAUUUAAGAUAUUUACUAUCUAAAUUGACAUCUAUAAUAUUUAAAGAGUUUAAAGGGGCCCUUACGCGGUCAAUAUCGAAUAUAUAGACCAUCUGAGGUCUAUAUUCUGACAAUUAUAUUGACAUUUUUAAUAAGUGUACCAUAUUCAAUAAUAUUGACUGUGUAUGGUGGGCUUUACUGGUUGUAGUUCUGGAAAAAGGUGAUAAUUUUUGGUAAUAUUUGAUAUACUGCUUUCUUAGCGUUCAAGAUAAGAUAACU